AUGAACAAGCGAGCAGCACCCUCAACGGAGAGCUUGGAGGCAGGAUGCCGACCAAGGAAGCAGAUCAAAUACAAAAAGAGGCGUGGAAACUUUUCGCCAAAGUUCUAUGACGACCUGUCCAAGGUCUGGCUCACCCCACGAGCUCUGCGAGAGCUUGAUCGACGCAACGCUGCGAGACCGCCGCUGGCAAGCCGUCCCCCGGUUUCCGCUUCCUCUUCCCCUAGCACAACUGUGGCCCAGUUUGCACGGCAUGGAGGCCCCAGUCUCUGCCACUUGAGAGGAUGUAUCGACUCUAAAGGUACUACCCAGAUACCGACGAGUAAAAGUUGGUCGUACACACCCGACUCCAAAAUGUCGAAGCGAACCUCGGCCUAUGAUACCAAGUUUGAAGAAGGCUUGGCAGAGUACAAUAUAUUCACAGACGACUACCACCUCAGACGCUGCAGAAGGGACUACUCGACGCCUGAGCCGGAAAACUUGGACGAUAUUGUCCAAUCGAUAUCCAAAUCUCGAGCCUCUCAAUCUCCGACUAGAGAUUUGUCGGCCGAGUUUCAAAACUUAAAGCGGGAGAAUAGUCGAGUCAUCAACCACGCUUGCACCCGGUCGGCGCUUUUGCCAGUCAUCAAAAGCAAUAGCAAGGAACAUGAUGGCGAGUACGGCCUUCGAUUUAAACGCCUAGACUCAAUCACCAAGCGCACCACUGUCGACCCAGCGCCUGAUCUGUACGACGGAAGCUAUCCCUCGAGUCUUCACAAAUCUGUCCAACAAGAUCUCGGAGAUGUGAUAACUCCCACACAUCAUUACAACGCACCCGUUCUGCCGAAUUUCUUUCUCGAAAUCAGGGCCCCGGAGAAAUGCUUCGAGGUGGUGAAGCGCCAAGCAUGCCUGGAUGGUGCCGUAGGCGCUCGCGCCAUGCACGCGCUGCAGAACUACGGUGCAGAAAAGCCCAUGUACGACGGCAACGCGUAUUCCUUUAGUUUUGUUUACCACGCGGGAACGGCCACUCUUCACAUGUACGCCCACUUUCCAACGGCUGCGCAGAAUGAAGGAGGUACACCAGAGUACCAGAUGAAGCAGGUCGACGCGUUUUUCAUGACAAAGAACCGCGAGGACUUUGUGGCCGCGGUAACUGCGUUUAGAAAUGCCAGAGAUAUGGCGAAAAGUUAUCGAGAGCGCUUUAUAGAAGCGGCUAAUGUAAGAGCAGAGGGCAAAAGCCAGCCUCUGGCGGAAGGUAGGGAAGAGUUGCAGUAG